AUUAAAAAUAUCUUUUUAAAUGAAAAUCAAGGGUGGAUUCUCAAGCAUCAAGAAUGUUAUAGCAAGAGAGAUUUUGGAUUCUAGAGGUAAUCCAACAGUGGAAGCUGACGUAAUUACAUCAAAGGGUGUGUUCAGAUCAGCAGUGCCUUCAGGAGCUUCAACUGGAAUUUAUGAGGCUUUGGAAUUGAGAGAUGGUGAUAAAUCAAGAUACCUUGGAAAAGGUGUUGCUAAGGCUGUUGCUAAUGUAAAUGAGGUCAUUAGACCAGCUUUGGUUGGUAAGAAUGUGACCGAACAAACUAAAUUGGACAAAUCUAUUGUUGAAUAGCUAGAUGGAAGCAAAAAUAAAUAUGGAUGGUCAAAGAGUAAAUUAGGAGCCAAUGCUAUAUUGGCAGUCUCAUUGAGUUUGGCUAGAGCAGGAGCAGCCGAAUAGAAUGUUCCACUCUAUUAAUACUUGGCUCAAUUGGCAGGCAAGAGAACAGACAAAUUCGUCACUCCAGUGCCUUCACUUAAUGUCAUCAAUGGUGGAAAGCAUGCCGGAAAUAAGUUAGCUAUGCAAGAAUUCAUGAUCUUGCCAACAGGAGCAAAAUCAUUCAAAGAUGCAAUUCAAAUUGGAUGUGAAGUCUAUCACAGCUUAAAGAGUGUCAUCAAAUCUAAGUAUGGAUUGGAUGCUACUAACGUUGGAGACGAGGGAGGAUUUGCACUUUCAAUUUAAGAUCCAAAUGAAGCUCUUCAAUUAUUGGAAGAUGCUAUUAAGAAGGCUGGACACACUGGCAAAGUUGAUAUUGGAAUGGAUGUUGCUGCAUCUGAGUUCUUUGAAAAAAACACUUAUGAUUUGGAUUUCAAGAAUGCCAAGAAUGAUGGAUCCAAGAAAUUAACUGCCUAAAUAAUUGACAGAAUUAUAUCUUAAAUUUGUGUCAUCACAUCCUAUUAUGACUGGGAAGGAUAUACUUAAUUCACUGCUAAAAUUGGAUAGAAAGUUCAAAUUGUUGGUGAUGAUCUUUUGGUUACCAAUCCAAUUAGAGUCCAAGAAGCUAUCAAUAGAAAGGCUUGCAAUGCUCUCUUAUUAAAAGUCAACCAAAUUGGAUCAUUGACAGAAUCCAUUGAAGCUUCAAAUCUUUCAUAAAAGAAUGGAUUUGGUGUUAUGGUCAGUCACAGAUCAGGAGAAACUGAAGAUAAUUUCAUUGCUGAUUUGGUUGUUGGUUUGGGAACUGGAUAAAUUAAAACAGGUGCUCCAUGCAGAUCUGAAAGAACAGCCAAGUAUAACUAAAUCCUUAGAAUUGAAGAAGAAUUAGGAAGCAAGGCUGUUUAUGCUGGAAAGAAUUUCAGAAAUCCAUAAUUAUGAGAGUCAUAUCAUAAAUAAAAUAAAAUGUUAUAAAACCCCAUAGAUUAUUAAUUUUAAAUAAUAAUCUGUAUUUAUGUA